CAUCUGAGGCCACCCAUGGACCCGCCUCAGUGGGGAGGGUGGGUGUCCUUAGGAGCCCCUCUGAGCAGGCCUGCUCUCUGUCACCCCACAGGCAUGCUGCCCCACAAGACCAAGCGAGGCCAGACCGCCUUGGACCGCCUCAAGGUGUUUGACGGCAUCCCACCGCCCUAUGACAAGAAAAAGCGGAUGGUGGUUCCUGCGGCCCUCAAGGUCGUGCGUCUGAAGCCUACAAGGAAGUUUGCCGAUCUGGGCCGCCUAGCUCACGAGGUUGGCUGGAAGUACCAGGCAGUGACAGCCACCCUGGAGGAGAAGAGGAAGGAGAAAGCCAAGAUCCACUACCGGAAGAAGAAACAGCUCAUGAGGCUACGGAAACAAGCCGAGAAGAACGUGGAGAAGAAAAUUGACAAAUACACAGAGGUCCUCAAGACCCAUGGACUCCUGGUCUGAGCCCAAUAAAGACUCUUAAUUCCUCAAAAAAAA